AUCUCUACGUUUGCUCUUGGCACUUAGCCACACAAUCACCUUGCCAAGUACACUCUCCGCGCUUCUUCUUCCUCUCCCUUUCAGGCCAGCCGGAAGUACCCCUGUGAUACACAAAGAAAGAUCUCUCGGGCCAUGUCUCGACAACGCCGUCCAUCUGGUGGUCAAGAAGCCGUUCUCGCCGCUCUCUCCGACGUAGUCACCGUCGCCCCCAGCACUGGCGAAUAUUCUCGAGGGUCUGGUCCCGCAGUCAUCCCAGACUCCUCUGCAGCCGCCUACAGUGGCGCGUCACCAAUGGCUGCAAAUGAGCAGGCGCCUGCGGUGCCCACAAAGGAGGACUUCGAUCCCCUCGGGCCCGCUUCGCGAAAUCCUAAAGCACCUCCGCCAGUCGCAAAGCAUGGCAUGGGGGCCAAGUUUGCCAACGCCUUUAAGCGCCAGACGGCCGAAGAGAAGGAAGCAAAGAGGAGGGAGAAGGAGAAGAGGAUGAAUCGCGAGAUUGGCAAGAGCGCAUACAACUCGUCCCGCAUGGAUGUCAUUGAUCGACUCGAUCUCUCGGGCCUCAACGGCAGCUUGUUCCACCACGACUCGCCCUAUGAUGCCUGUUCGCCUCACAAUAACCGCAACUCGAAAAAGGCCCCCGUCAUGGCCUUCGAUCCGAACAUCGACCCCAUGACUGGCGCGCCCAUCAACCGGGGAGGCGCCUCCAACGCGCGUGCUGGCAACCGUCCUGGUCUCUCGCCGCUUGCAGCAGCAACAAGGCGGAAGAUGAACGACAAUGCUGGCGAAUUGGACGAUGGCAAGGACGCUGGGCUCAACAGUAGGACAACCACAUCCUCGUCCAAUCCCAGCAGGCGAAGUCAAACUGCGCCCCUUCCCUUGCUCAACAUUGACGAUACCACUUUUCAGGCAACGCCUUCAGAACUUGAUGGCACCGAUGCUAGCGUGGCGUCGCACAGCAGCGUGGACCGCGACGUCGAUGCCGAGCGAGCAUACCACAACCAAGGCUACUUCCACCAAGCUUCGACGACGAACAAGGGACGAGCGGAUGCCGCCAACCCGCACGCAGACAUCUGGGGCGUGUCAUCAGAGCCAUGGCAGGACUUUGCACAGCCAGCUUCUCGCAGCAACCUGGGUGCACCUAGUGGCGGCUCGGGCCCCGCCUCGGCUGCCUCGAGCGUCUUCGAUAUGGAGGCUGUCCUGACGGGCAAGGCGCCCGCAGAUGCGAAGAUCGAAGACAUGGGCGUCGGCGAGCGCGCUAUGGGAGACAACAAUCACAACGGUCCAAAGCGGUCAAAGAGUCUCAUCAAACGCAUCAAGAGUGCACGGCAGUACGGCAACGUGCCCCCACCUGAUGAUGACGUCGUCGAAAUGUCCGGCAUGUCAUCGACUCAGUCGGCAGCCCGCGCCGCCGCCCAGCGCCACAACAAUCGACAACAUCGCCAUUCUCCCUCGGUGCCGCAGCCUCCUUCGAUGCCCAGAGCCCAUGAUGGCAAUCUUGGCCGAAGCGGUACCCUCAGGGCUGGUUCGGGCAACGGCGCUAGCCCGCGCCUCGACGAAGACGAAUACGAAAAUAUUCCUUCCGCGACGCAGAGCUACGACGAUCCCGCAUUUGCCUCGUCAGCGGCUCGCAGCGGAGGCUCGUCGCCAGGCUCUCCCGGAGCCGCGAACAUGAGCCGGAGUGGAAGCAUCUUUGGUCGGUUCGGGCGCCGGAACACAAACACAAACGGCGGCGGGACAAGCCCCAACGGCCACGGCCGGUCGGCAAAGAGCCGGGAAAGGGAGUCAGCUGCCCUCGGCAUGGCUCGUUGAAGAGACUCCUACACAGCGCUCGAAUUUCUCCUUUCUCGUUGUGCCUUGCCUUCCUCAUCUACUGUAUGUAACUAAGCCAUCUCUCUCGUUCUCUCUCCGGUCCUCCAUUUGUCUAUCUAUUCUCUCUUCUCUCUGCUUGCUCAUACUGUCUUCUUCUCCUCACC